UAUCGUAGAUGAUCCAUAUUAGACGAAUUAGGCAAUAAAAUUAAACAAAAUGAAGAUUCUUCACGGUGCCUUGGCAUCGUUAUUAUUGUUUAUAAUUUUCCAUCGUGGAUUAGGCGAUCCGGCCGUAUUAGUUGAUUCACUACACUUCUUGGAACCUGGAGAAUCCGUCGAUAAUGUUAAACCGGGUUUGCGCAUAUUUUGCCAUAAUGCUAAAUCAAAAUAUCUCAUACACAUCUGGAAAACCCUCAUCAUGAAUUUGAACACGACUUUGGAUACUUAUGAAUUGUAUGAUGGGAAAACUCCCCUUGAGGUUGUUGAGAAGCACAAUGAUAAUCAACGUUCUUGGAAGUUUAAUUGGUUUGGCACAAAAAAAAGCAAGCAGCUUAGCAUCGAUCCAUUUCAAGACAUUUGUAUUGGAAUUUACACCCACCCGUACAAUCAUUAUCAGUACAAAUUGUCAAUGACACAAAUGAAGAUCGAUCCUUGGAAAAUUGCAAUGAUGGCUGCGGGCAUAUUACUAUUUUGGAGCGCUCAAAAAUUGAGUAAAAAUGUCCUCUUCUACUACAUUUGUGGCAUCACAGCAGGUGUUACUACUUCAAUUGUGAUACUCAUUUGGUUCGCUAGUAAAUUGAUUCUUCCCAGAGGGAAAUUAAUGUAUGCCAUGGUUGCUACUGGAUGGACAAUGAGUUUUUGGCUUGCUCAAGCACUCUGGGAAAACGCCCAAGUGAUAUUAUUACAGUAUAGAGAUUGGGUAUUUUGGUAUAUUCUUAUAACAUCUUUCAUAAGUUUCGUAAUAUGCUAUCGAUUUGGACCAAUCACCAACACGAGGACGAAAACGAUAAUACAGUGGUUUUUGCAGAUGUUCGGAUUGACGUUGGUAUAUUACAGCAGUCACUUCCGCGAAGCGUCUAUCGCCUGUUGCGUAAUUCUUAUAUUCCUCUACAACUUCCCUAGCGUCGUUAUACACAAGGGAAAAAAAUAUUGGAAAACAAUGUUUCCGGAACGUCGACGAUUAUUGACUGAAAAUGAAUAUCACAAAGAGGGAAUAAGAGAAACGAAGAAAGCUUUGGCACAUUUACGAGAAUUCUGCUCUAGUCCUGAUUGCAAGCAAUGGAAAAUUGUUUUGAAAUUAAAAGAUCCUGUCAGGUUUGCCAAAUUUAUUGAAGGUGAGGAGCAUUUAAAGGAUGACGAAACUUACGAGCAUGAGGCUGAGCUCACGCGACUAAUAGAACAAUGCGAAUAUAGUGACGAUGACGAUGAUAAUUUGAUGGAGGAUUAUUGAAGGCUGGCAGUAGUAAUUCCGACUAUUUUUGUUUAUUUAUUUUGAUGAUAGUUUUUUUUCUUUUUCAUGGAUAAGUCGGAGUUAAGACAAAACCAGGCAGAAUUAUUUCGCCAUUAACCAAGUGUGCUGUGUGUAAAUGAUUUGAAUAUUUGAUAGCCGAAUCAAUUGAAUAUUCAAUCGUGUAUAAAUAACAAGACGCUGCCGCGUUUCUAGAUAAUUAACCGAGAUGAGCAUCAGUAUAAUCAUGGUAAUAAGCUCAUAGUUAUAACGAAAGUCUUUCUGUUAAAAAUUUUUUAUUUCUUUUCACAAAAGUCGAAUAGAGUUUGAAACCAAACGGUUUUUUCAACAUUUACUUCCAUCAAUCACUGUUCCUUGUGGAAAUAACUACUCAUUUUGACGAUAGAUAUACGUCAACACGUUUAUAUCAGCGUAAUAACAUAUUGAAUUUGUUACAUAAUUAUAAAAAUAUGAGAUUAGUAUCCACAUAAAUCUAAUGAUUAUCGUUUAAAAAUAUAUUAAGUAUUUUGUAUUCGAGGUAUGUGGAGUAAGGCACCAUUCUUUCGUUUGACGUGUCGUCAGCGCUGAAUAAUUGGCAGUGUAAAUAUUAACGAAUACAUUAUAAAUAAUAUAAAAGAUUUUUCAUGUUCAUUUAAAAAAUUUAAAUUUUGCGGCCUGGAUCACAUAAAAAGUGUGAUUUUUUUCAGACUAGUCAUUGUAAGAAGUUGAUGAUGUUGUUUGCAUAAUUAAAAUGC